AUGACGACGAGUGGGCCACCUCUCUUGCGUGGCUCCGCUCUCCGCGCGACGUUGAUCGCUGCGGUGACCGUCUUAUCGGCAACCUCCGCGGAUAUCGAUCCUCUGGCGAUUGCCCAAGCGAUUGCGAACGAUGCGAGAUCGGGUUCCUUGGUGCAGCCCCACAAGCCGCCCACCAAGUCCAGCUCCGAUCCAUAUCAAGCCAACGAUAUGUGUUCAUGGUCGUCGUGUGAUCAAAACGUCAACCAAUUCUUGUCCAACCCGGACAGUUCGUGGGGCUUUACGCCAUGCCAGUCGUGUGCUGGUCCUGGUCAAAAGUGUGAAAACGCAACGGUCUGCAACGACGACAUGUACUUGGGGUUUGACACGCCCCAAGUGGCGCGCUCGUUCCCCCCUGGGCAUCCCCGCAUGCAGAUUGCGUGUGCGUUGAACACGCAGUCGAAGAAGUGCAUCAACGCGGUGUACCAAUUCUGCUGCCUUCCAGGGUCUCCAGGAUGUGCCAACACCGUGGCGCCCACGUGUACGGCGGGGGGGUGCGCCCAGUUUGUUCAACGCGGGUCUGCCCCUCCUGGCUCGGUGGUUGCCCCGUGCCCGUUCGCUAACACGUCGGCGACUUGCGACCAUCCGUCGUGUAAAGAUUCGUGGUGGACACAAGAAAUCACGGCCAACUUUUUGUCUGGGAAAAACAACUGCCGUGGCCCGUACUGCAGUAAAGCGCAAUUGGUCCGUGCUUGCCAGUUAGUGACCCCUCCACCUCCUCGCACGACUGCGUUUCCGACGACGACAGCAUUCGCUCCUACAACUCAAGCCCCCACUACCGAAGCCCCAUCGAGACGUCGCCUCGCGGCUGCCGCUACUGAUGUGGACACCAUUCGCCAGCGCAUUCAAGAGUGCGCCGACGGUGUCUGUAAACCGUCGGGGGAUGCCGUCCGUUCGGACGAAGUCUGUGGCAAGCAAACCUGGGAGAAGUUGAACCAAUGCCCCGACCAACCGUGCGUGGACAAGCUGGUCGCCAAUGCCAACGUCUGCGUGUCGUGGGGCAAUUUUGUCUCGUGUGCGGACGAAAAGUGCUUUGGCAGCAACUCGUCCACCAGCUCUGACGGCAACCAAACAGUUAGCGACAAUGGCAACCAAACCGUUAGCUACAAUGGCAACCAAACAGUUGGCUACAACGGCAACCAAACGGGGGGGUCCCCUGGCAGUGGGUCGUAUUCCGGCAGCGGUAGCAGUAGCUCCGGUGGAAACCAAGGCGAGGACUUUGCGACCAUCAUGAAAAAACUCGGCGAUUGCGUCGAAAACGUGUGCACGGCUGAAGCUGUGAACGCGACUGCCGACACGACGUGCGGGGCGUCGGAAUUUGCAAACUUGAUGGCGUGUACCGAACCUCGGUGCUUGGACAGUGUCGCCAAGUCGCCAAAGUGCGAAUCGUUCAAAGCGUUUGUCAUGUGCGCGGGCACCAAGUGUUUCAACGACAACAACGGUGGCGGCGGCGGCGGUAGCCAAGGCGUUCCCGACGCGAACUCGUGCCCGGUGCAGUUGGCGUCGUAUUGCACGGCCCAUCCCGAGGAUGAGUCGUGUGCGCUGCCGUGUCCGUUCAACUGCUAUUUGCAACCCAACUGCCCGUGCCAAGACAACGCGUGCACGGCCGCGGCCGCUGCGCCGUUCUGUGUACGCGAAGACGGCGUGUGCGCUCAGUUCAAAUCUGCGUUGGCGAAAGCCGAGUUCAGCCAUGGCGCGUUCAACCCGACACAAGAGUGGCAGCGCCAGCAAGUUGCUCAGUACCUUGUCGCUCCGACGCCGUACGACCCUAGCAACGACACGGCGCUGCGCGACCUCUGGCAGCAAUGCAACCAAGUGUGGCCCAACCUCGCCGACAACAUAGCCUCAUGCCUGAACACGUCCAUUCAGUACUGCAACCGGGUCGGAUGGGACCAGGCGUGCAGCCCAGACGAAGGAUCGAUGGGCGUGUCUGUGUGUGGCGACGGGUUUGUCACGUUUGGCGAGUCCUGUGACGAUGGAAAUAAAGUGGAUGGCGACGGCUGCAGCAGCACGUGCCAACCCGAGGACCCGACACGGUUUGCGUGCUUGGAACAAGGGAAGGCAUGCAUCGCGUGCACACGGCCGUGGGUACAAUACGGGUCCAACGGACAACCGCUGACGGGCCAAUUCUGCACGAACGACCGCCUUGUCGUCGACAACGUCACGAUUCCAUCGCCAAUCUAUUACCCGAGCUGUUCGUCGAUCAACAACAUCCAAGACGCGAUCGAUUGCGACAUUUACGCCAACACGUUCUGCGCCAACUUGACCGUCCAGGGCACGAGUGACCCGGCGUGCCAGCCAUACGUGAACCUCACACGCAAGUACACGGUGCCGACAGUCGCCCAGUCGUGCGAGUACCAGAUCAAAAACAUUGAGAUCGGUGCCCAAGCUAUUUCGUCGGCCAAGAUUGCCAUCCUCACGUGCAAGUUCCAAGACCCGUACGGCCUCCUGUCGCCCGAGGACGCCACGCCCAUCUUCAAGUUCAAAAACCCCUACACGUCGCUCCCCAAGACGUGGAAGGACAAGAUCACGGCCAACGCGACCGUGUCUGCCAUCAUGAACACAAUCUACGGGUCCCGCAACGACAUGUUUUAUUCGCUCAAGGACCUCCGCCUCACCGACUUUUUCCAGUACGCGUUUCCCGAGUUCUAUAUGAAAGAUGGCCAGAUUCCGUUCAACCAGCCCCAGCUUGCCCGCUUGACGUACUACAUGCCAAACAAGACCAUCCCAACGGAUGCCCCGAUCGAUCCGUACGGAGGCAACCCGAAUUGCUGGAACUACGGCGGCGACGGCAGCACCGACUUGAUUCCGUUGCCGCCGACGUCGGAACCGACCAAGUGGGCGAUGAAAGCAAUCCUGAUGAAGUUUCGGUACGACGGCGUCGCGUGGAACGACUGGAGCAAGAAGGAGUUUGCCAAGUUCAACGCGUGGGAAAUCGACGGCGGCAGCGACUACCAGGACGCGACGCUCCACUUUGGCGUGCUCUUGAGCACGAGCAACCGCGACGGCGACGGCAAGAUCCAGGAGAAUGUCCAACGCAUGUGCUCCGACUGGAGCAUCCCGUGGCAAGACCAAGCAACGAGUCCUCGCUGCACGACCAUUGAGCAGGCGAUCGUGGACGGCCGGGCUUUUAUCAAGUUUGACCAGCAACUCGUCCCGUUGACAACGCGAACGCUGUCGGUGAACAAGGCAAAGUUUGCCAACGCGGCGGCCAAGGUCGUCGAUCUCGCGAGCUCGAUCGACCAAGCCAAGUCGUGGGAAGACCUCGUCGGCAACACCGUCAAAGUCGCGAUUGAAGCGUCGAGCGAAGCGUUCACGGACCCCGUCAGUCUCUUCUGGAAGCUCGUCGUGAAAGGCAAACAAACCAAGUUCCUCAAGAACGUCCCCAACUACUGCAAGCACAACUACUACAACGAUACGUCGUACUGGACAGUCAACCCCCUGUGGAAGGCGGAUCCGUGCUGCAACUGGGAAAUGCGGCAGUAUUUGUGCUGUGCGCCGCAGGACAUUCCCAACGGCGAGAUCGAUGUCGUCGUGAGCACGGCCGACUCGGAGAUCAGUACGUAUUGCCCUGGCGUCGGGGCGCAAGUUCGCGACGUUGUCCAGUCCACGAUGAAAGCACUACAGCGAGCCGGCACGUGCUCCGCGGACCUCGACAGCAGCACGGGCUACGACUCGUGGAAGACCAUGUCGACAGUGUCGGAAACGUGCCGCAACAAGAUCCAAAAGGCCGGAUCCGUCGACUGCAAGAAAGACAGCGAUUGCACCGCGUGCAGCCAAAGCACAUGCCAGCGCGACCGAGGGGCAAAGGAAGGGUCCGGCAAGUGCACUGUGCCAUGGGACGACAUGGAAGGGUGCACGUUGGAGUGCUACCAAAAGUCGAUGGACAGCGAGCUCUUGCGCUACUUGUACGACCAGUGGGACUUGAGUGUGACCGCGACUGCGGACGAGAAGAAGGCCAAAUUUACCGAAAUGAUGAGCGAGCCGACGUGCUCGGGGCCACAAGCAUGGCAACAGGACAUUGGGUACAACGGAUGGAUUUGGAAAAUGAACACGACGUGCCAGAGCGACCACAUUUGCGACGACUGGGACUACCAGUACUACCUCCAAAACGUCGCGAACCAGCAAAGCUCGAACGGGUACUGGGGCUCGUGGCUCAACUUCCGCAACAACGACACGUGUGCGCAGUACAACGGCACGAUGACGUGUACGUCCCAGCGCCCCGACGGCGGGUGCUACGACUGGGGGUAUCAAUGCACGUUUGACCAUGUACGAGGGCCAUGCAAGGACGUGAACAUGUGCUACCAGCAAUGCCAAGCGCCGUACACGGAGUCGGGCUGUGCCUCGCUCAACGGCACGUGGUUCAAAGACCCGAACAACCCGUACAGCUAUGGCCAGUGCUGCCCCCCCGAUGCGUAUUUCAACGUGUCCGGGACCAACUCGAUGUGCUCGUACGCGCCUCCCAACAGCCCCAACUCGUGGAGCGUGAAUGACGAAACGUGCUGCCGCGCUGCCAAGGGAGUGUGGUGGACACAAGUCGACUACAACGGCAAUUCGAAUGGUCAAUGCUGCUUUGGCAAACUGCGCCCGUACGCCGACUACCAAACGGGCAAAACCAUGUAUCAGUGCCAGCAAGACUUUUGGGGCUGGGACAACUCGGAGUGCUACGAACAGUGCAAUGCACUCCAGCAGAGCUGCACGCAGUGCAAGCUCGACUCGGCGUCGUGCCAAGGAAUGGUCCACAAUUCUGCCAACAAAACCGCGUGCCUGUCGUACAAAACGUGCAACCAAGGCCAGUACUACCAGGAGGAGGAAUGCCAGCGCCACGUCGGCGACGAACCGUUCUGCGCGCAGUGCUGGGGGUCGUGGUGCUACAAGCAGGGAAGCCCGGCCACGUGUACCUUAUACGCGUGGGGCACGGAGAGUUGUGAGAGUGCCGGUGGCGUGUGGGACUGGAGCGACUAUCGAUGCCACGUGAAUGGCACUCAAGCCAACCUGGACGACCCGUGGAGCUGCUUCACGCCAGGUCCAUCGGUGUGCCCAGACCCGACCAACAAUUCGCGUGCAUACGGACCGGGCGAGGUCGUGCCCAAGUAUUCAUUCCGCGACAACCAGUGCGAAGCGGGCUGCUACAUUCCCGGUGCCACCGAAAGCGAUUGCACGAGCGACACGUACUCGUCGAUCCGAUGGAAGCCGCUGUAUGGAAACGGGACCGGCGCAUGCGCCAUUGAAACGUGGCAAAUCAGCGCCGACGACUGCGCCGACAAGUUUAGCGGCGUGUACGUCAAGUCGACGAUCGCGUACAACGGGGGCCAGUUCAACACCAAGGACAAGUGCGACCAAGGCAUUUGCCAAGGCGGACUCGGGUGGGACGGAUGGUCGCGCCAGCAAUGCGAAGAAACUCCAAAGUAUCAAUGCAGCCAGCAGUGCGAGCAGUGCGUGACGUGGAACUGGCCGUACUACGCGCAGGACGGCGGCGGCUGCUUUAGCUCAAACGCGACAUACUGCCAAGACCUGGGUUACUCGGAUGUGCCGUGCUCUGUGUCCCAGUUCGCAUCGAAAGUUUCGUGCGAUGCGAAUGCCGAGACGUCGUGGGUCGCGUGCAGCGACUACAACCGCACGCAAUGCGCCAACUCGAGCGACCCGUACAUUUCGAAAAUGACGUGUCAAUGGGGAUGGGGUCAGUGCAAAACCCAAGAAGCGUGCGAGGCCCAAGGCGAAUGCAACGAUUGGGACAGCAUGCGCCAAGAGUGCAGCGACGACGGAUGGACGUACGGCGACCAGUGCUAUGCGUACUGGACAGAGGACGUGUUCGACUCGACGACCAACUCGUCCGUGUCGCAGUGGAAGAAUGCGUACUGCACGUCGUGCCAAUACAUCGACGGGGUGUGCGUGGUCCAGCGGCCGCUAGAGGGCUGCAAAAACAACAUGUGGCACAGUUUGGGUUGCCGCGUCGACGGCAUUCACAACGAGACAGCGUGCUACGACUUUGAUCCAGACGCUGGGUGGCUGACCAAGGCCAAGACAAAGGAAGAGUGUCUCGGGCUCCUGCGGUGCGACGAGCCGGGAUACUAUGGCCAAAACAACAAGAACGCGGAAGAGUGUGCCAAGUGCGGCGGGACCGGCAAGCCGUACUUCACGUGGUGGGGCGGCGUGUGGUCGCGUCCGUAUGUGCAGGACCUCAAGUGGAUGGCGAACGGCACCCAGCUGAUCUCGGUCAACCAGUGGAAGCCCGCCAUUGCCGACUACAAAGUGCAAGAGCAACUGGCGCUGCCCAUGGUGCGCAAGCUUGCGAAUGCCAAGAAAACGCAAACGUUGCUGAGCUACAACGCAUUCACGUCGUCCCUGGAUGUGAUUGCAUGCGCAUGCGGUGGGUCGCCCCGCGCAAACGCGUCCAAGUGCUUUGACCAGAUCAGCGGCUCCGUCGAAGGUAUCACGGAUGCGUUCUGCGACUCGUCCACUCCCGUCGCGGCGGGCUGCAGCAAAGCCAUUGUGCAAAAGAACUGCAGCACGUCUGGGCGCCGCCGUUUGGCUGAUGGUGCCCCCGCUGCAGGGGACGACAAGCUUGCGAUCACGACAACGUACUACUCGGCUGGGCCAUUUGCCAACGCCUACGAGCCGUUCUGUUCUGCCACCGACCGCAUGCAGCGCAACCCGCUCGCGGUGCGCAACACCAAGGGCGUGGUCGUUGGACAGCUCAUGGGCGAUGGCAAAGGUCUGUCGGCCACGUCGUCGUUUUCGUCGAUCAGCGUUUGUUUGGAGAUGUCGUUGGAUAUUCGCGUCGUCGACAAACGAUUCCCCGUGUACGACGUCGCAGUGCUCGUGGACGGGACGUUCACGCCGCUGUACUUGACGUCGUUCGUGUCGCUCAACGCGCAAUCGAUGUGCUUCUUGGCCAAGCAAAACGGCAUUUACUUUCCCAUCACGCGGCUCGCGCUCGCGUCCACGGCGCUCAACGCGAUCACGUGCGCCAACUCGUGCAAGGCCGAGAACAGCAUUUGCGUCUACAGCGGCGUCACCAACACCACGUCAUGCAUGUGCAACUGCGGGUACUCGGGCGAGACGUGCGAAAUAGGGUGUAUUAACCAGUGCUCGUCCCAAGGCACGUGCACCAACAACGUGUGCACGUGCCAAAAAGGAUUCACGGGCGCCGACUGCAGCGAAUACGACUGCCCGGUCGCGAACGGGAAAAAGUGUAGCGGCAACGGCGUGUGCAAUUCUAAUGCCACAUGCACGUGCUCGAUCAACUUUAAGGGCGACGACUGCUCCCAGCCCAAAGUCACCCAGACCAAGACGAUCGUGUUGCCCAAGGGUCUGACACCAGCAGCAACGGGGACCGCCCGCCCUACAGGGAAGGAAGCGCAGCCGUCGACGACAACGGCGAAACCAGCCACGUUUGCCCCUGCCCCUCCGCUGACCCCCGCCCCGCCACUUCCCACGAUUGCGUCGACGUGUGCCGCGUCCAAAUGCAAAGCCGAUUUUGACACGUGCAUGGCAACGUUCGACAGCUGCGCGUGCUUGCCUGGCCAGCUCCUGUGCAUCCAGUCGAGUUGCAGCUCCGAGUUUGACUUGAUUGUGAACCAAUGCAAGGGUCUCGUGGCACAGGCGGUGUCCUGUGUGCUCGAAUGCAGUCCCAAGCCGUACCCCGUCAAAGGAGACACGUCGUCGAACACUGUCAUGGCCGUCGUGGCUUCCAUCGCUCUCAAGGGCGUGACAGCCGCACAGUUCUCCACCGCCGUCCAGGACAAGUUCAAGCAAGCGAUUGCGAGCUCGAUCGCUGGUGUCACCGCCGACAAGAUUUCCAUCACAAAGGUGACCGAUGUCCCCGACGCCCGUCGACGUUUGGAGCAAGCGGCGAUCACUGCUGACGGGCGAGCCAAAGUUCUUCACGGCGUUCGGCAGUUGGCGGGCACCCACCUCGAAAUCGAGUUUUCCAUCUUCGUAUCGUCCCCCGAAGCCCUCAAAACGACCACGGCGUCCAUGCAAGCUCAAAGUGGGACUGGCAGCUCGUCCUCGUCGCUGGCUACAGCUCUCGUCUCGGCUGGAGUGAUCGCAGAUGCUUCGGCCAUUCAGGUCAAGUCGGUCAAGACCAGCGUCACAGUGGUGGCACCCACGACGACUGCCGCCCCAACGACUACGCCUGCACCUACACCGAAACCGGCGGACACCACGACCGUGAUUGCCGCGGCGGCGGGAGGAGGCGCGGCUGCCGUCAUUCUCCUCAUUUGCGUCUUCCGCUACUGGUGCAAAAAGCGAUCAGACAAGGCGGCGUAG